AUGAAUUAUUAUUUUAUCUUUAUACUUUCUCUUACCUCUAUUACUUUUUGUAUUGGUAAGGAAGGACUUGAAGUUAAUUUACUUACUAAUCUGGAAGCUGGUAACAAAAAUGUUACAAAACCAUUUUUAGAUAAAUUUGAAAAAGAUAUGAAAAAAAUAAUUAUGAAUGCUAAUCUUCAUGAGGAUGAUUUUGGUGAUGUUGAAAGAAAAAUAAUUAAUAAUAAAGGAAUGUUUUCAAUGUCAUAUAUAACAGAAAAAGGAAUUGAAAAAUGUUCUCAAGCUAUUAUAUUAACUGAAAAAGCUGUUAAUGAUGUCAAGGAAAUUGUUAAAGGAUCAAUUAAAUGUGGUGAUAUGUCAUCAAUUACUUUUAAUAAAAAAUGA